CCGCGGCUCCCGGAGUAGUUAGAGCCAGCGAAGUGCGGGCGGCGAUGAGAGCUAAAGUUGCGCUCCGUUCGGCUUCGGGGGCUUGAGGCGGCUCGUCGCUCCGCCCGUCUGGGCCUCCUGUAGCCCCAACUCGCGCCAGCGGAUCCCGCGCGCCCGCCCGGCUCGGCGCCCACCUGCGCCCCCUGCCCGCGGCCCGCCGCCCGCGCCUCACGAGCCGGGGUCCCCGUCACUUUGGCCCGGCCCCGGGCCCCGCCGAUGCCGGCCAUGGUGGAGAAGGGUCCCGAGGUCUCCGGGAAGCGGCGAGGGAGGAACACGGCAGCUGCCGCCGCCUCGGCCGCCGCCUCAGCCGCCGCCUCGGCCGGCACCGCCUCCGCCUCGGCCGCCGCCGCCUCCGCCGCCGCCUCGGCCGCCGCCGCCCCCAAUAAUGGCCAGAAUAAAAGUUUGGCGGCGGCGGCUCCCAACGGGACCAGCGGCAGCAACUCCUGGGAGGAAGGCAGCUCGGGCUCGUCCAGCGACGAGGAGCACGGUGGCGGUGGCAUGCGGGUGGGACCCCAGUACCAGGCGGCCGUGCCCGACUUCGACCCUGCCAAACUGGCAAGGCGCAGUCAAGAACGAGACAAUCUUGGCAUGUUGGUGUGGUCACCUAAUCAGAGCCUUUCAGAAGCAAAACUGGAUGAGUACAUCGCUAUCGCCAAAGAGAAGCACGGGUACAACAUGGAGCAGGCUCUUGGGAUGCUCUUUUGGCAUAAGCAUAAUAUUGAAAAGUCCCUGGCUGAUUUGCCCAACUUCACCCCGUUUCCAGAUGAGUGGACUGUAGAAGAUAAAGUCUUGUUUGAGCAAGCCUUUAGUUUUCACGGGAAAACUUUUCAUAGAAUCCAACAAAUGCUUCCUGAUAAAUCCAUAGCUAGUCUGGUGAAGUUCUACUACUCCUGGAAGAAAACAAGAACUAAAACCAGCGUGAUGGAUCGUCAUGCUCGGAAACAAAAACGGGAGCGGGAAGAGAGUGAGGAUGAGCUGGAAGAAACAAAUGGAAGUAAUCCCGUUGACAUCGAGAUUGAUCCAAAUAAGGAAAGCAAAAAGGAGGUACCCCCUACUGAGACAGUUCCUCAGGUCAAAAAAGAAAAGCACAGCACACAAGCUAAAAAUAGAGCAAAAAGGAAACCUCCAAAAGGCAUGUUUCUUUCUCAAGAAGAUGUCGAGGCUGUGUCUGCUAAUGCUACUGCUGCAACCACGGUGCUGAGACAGCUGGACAUGGAGCUGGUCUCCAUCAAACGACAGAUUCAGAACAUUAAGCAGACGAACAGUGCUCUUAAGGAGAAGCUUGACGGUGGGAUAGAGCCUUACCGACUGCCGGAGGUUAUUCAGAAAUGCAACGCACGCUGGACUACGGAAGAGCAGCUUCUCGCCGUACAAGCCAUCAGGAAAUAUGGGCGAGACUUUCAGGCAAUCUCAGAUGUGAUCGGGAACAAGUCAGUUGUGCAGGUGAAAAACUUUUUUGUAAAUUAUCGGCGCCGUUUCAACAUAGAUGAAGUUUUACAAGAAUGGGAAGCAGAACAUGGUAAAGAUGAGACCAAUGGGCCCAGUACCCAGAAACCCGUCAAGUCCCCUGAAAGCUCCAUCAAGAUCCCUGAGGAAGAAGAUGAGGCUGCUUCUGUCCUCGACGUAAGAUACGCAUCUGCCUCAUGAAAACUGCUGGUAGCUUUGAACACUUGGUAUGGACGACGUGUCACCCAGAUAUCAGGUAUUACAAGACAUCACCUAGCCAUCUGCAUCACAUCUCUGUGGACAAGCAGCUAUUACCAAAAAAGGCAUACACUUCCGGUCCUGUGCUACAUCUGCCUUAAUUCUUUGCUCGUUCCUCCAUGUUGGCACGACUCCCAGAGAGCUCCGUUGCAUCUCAUUCUGCCUGAGGGCUGGGGGACCCACAGUCUGCACGCCUCCGUGGAGCCUGGGACCUACCUUCCAGUUGGCGCCCCUGAGCCCCAACAAUGGCAGCUCUCCCAGUCAACAGCUUCAGAACAGGUAGUCUUGAAAGGCCCGGCUCUGUUCCCGCAUGGCCUGCCGUUUCCCCUUUGUGCAUAGUGUAAUUCUCAGAAGGCCCCGUAGGCCUUGUAAAAAACGUCUCCCCUUCUUUUCUGGGGCAGCCACCUAAGCAACACCGUGCUUCUUUGGAAAUCACAGUCCCUUGGCAGACGACACCAUAACCUUCAUCAUGCCAUGCUUCCUGACACAGCUCCUGUAGGUCAGCUGGCUCCUCCCCCCUUUCUCCUGCCCCUAACUCUUUCCCUUUUCUCUCCUUCCAAGUCAUAAAUGCUCAUUUGCAGCAACUGUCCUUAGACAUUGUAGCUUAAUGGGAACGUGGACCUCAGUGCUUUUUGCCUUCAACCUUCAGCAUUGUAAUCCCAGGAUGUGGGUGCACCCCAUCUCUUCCUGAUUCCCCAACUACCACUAUCAUCACCCAACUCUGAGAGAUUUGGUUCAUAUCACUGUACCUGGUGCUUGUAUAUUUGGAAUUGGUGCCUUCUCCUUCUGGCAACCAUGUUAUCGAUCCCUUUUCUGUUCCAGUGUCUUAUUUAAAGUUUAUUGCUUGCCAAAGAUGACAUCACUGAGGUGUGGCAGAUGGGGAGAGCGCCUGCGGAUUUGACAAGUGCAGAGACUGUAAAUGUCAGGUCAGCUCGCAAAGGGUAGUAGGGAAGCUGGGCAUGGUUGUCUGGAUGCUGCGUGCCAUUAGCCCUCAUCCUCUGGGUGUGCCUGGCCACUGUACAUCACUCCGUGUGAGUUUUCGUGUCAUUUGUGUACUGGUGUGACCACACAAACACCAUCCCCUGUCUUUUAGACAGCAAAUAGGACAGAAGAGUGAUAGAUGUGUUGCUUAGUGAGAUGAAGGGGAAAAGAAAAAAUCUACAGCGUGGUAUGUAAUGCCGUCUGCUUGGACUGGGAACAAGCAAAGAUUUCUAAUAAAUGUUUUGAGACUUGCAGAAUCACUUUUGCUCUCUUACCAGACUGUGGGCCUGAAGGGCCUUGAGCAGAUGGUCAGACUGCGUUCUAGCAUCCAUGGCCAGUUAAGACUGCACUAACCAUGUGGAAAUAUCUUUUGUUGUUUGCAGCAUUUGGAUAUUUUUUUCUGCUUUCAAUACCAAAAAAGAAAAGGAAAAAAAUAGAUGCUUUAAGGUAUGAACGGAGUUCUUAAGAAUUUAAAAUAUGCAAUUAAAAUUCGAUGUUUUGACUCCUAAGCACCUUCCCCCUUCCCCUUCUUAAAGUUAGCUGAUUUUCUCUUUAGAAAGAGGUUCAGCUAUAGAAAACUAGAUUGGGGGUGGGGUGUACAUUGUUUUUGAGACGUCUGGAGAAAAGUCAUUCCAAAGGCGAGUACAAAGGAACUUUCUUCAUCCUGUCCCGUAUUAGGUGCCCACUGAUUACGAAGAGCUGUGGAGUAGUGUCAGGGCACAGUCCACAGUCCCUACCCAGGGACAGGCCAGAGCAACACUAGUAACGAGCCAGCUGUUGUGUGUGUUUUUAUCAUGAACCUGCUGCGUAGCUGAAAAGGGAAGGAAACAUGAGAUGGGGUCAGCCUGUGCUUUGCGUAUGACUCAUGGGGACACUAAGGCAUGUGAUAAGGCCCUGCUCACCUAGCUUUCUGCAUGUCCUCCCUCCAGUGAGCAGAGACAGUG